GCCAGUCCCAGCCCAGCCCCAGUCCUGGUUGAGCAGCGUCUGCCCCACGGACCCCACGGCUAAGGUGCCACCGGGCUCCACCGCCGCCAUGGGGCUAAGUCCUGCUCCUGCCCUCGUCCUUGCUCUGCUGCUGCUGCUGGGAGCUUCAGUGGAUGGGCAGCCCCGGGGCCGGAUCCUGGGGGGCAGGGAGGCCGUGCCCCACCUGAGGCCAUACAUGGCCUCGCUGCAGCUGGACGGGCAGCACAUCUGUGGAGGCUUCCUCAUCGCCCCGCAGUGGGUGCUGAGCGCUGCACACUGCACCGAGGAGAUGGACGGCAAAUUCUUCCAGGUCCUCCUGGGUGCCCACUCGCUGUCGAAGCCGGAGCCCCACAAACGCCUGUACCGGGUGCGCGCCCAGAUCGCCCACCCCGGCAGCAACAUCCACAACAACAAAGACGACCUCCUGCUCCUCCAGCUGGAGGAGAAAGCAGAGCUGAACGCAGACGUGCAGGUGCUGCCGAUCCAGCGGGAGGACCGGGACGUGGCUGCCGACACCGUGUGCCUGGUGGCCGGCUGGGGAGCCAUAAAGCACAGCGGCCGCCGGCCGGACACGCUCCAGGAGGUGGAGCGGCCGGUGGUCAGCCGCGACGUCUGCAACCACCGCACCCACCACGACCAGACCAUCACCGACAAGAUGAUGUGCACCAACUCCCACAAGAAGGACAGCUGCAAGGGAGACUCUGGUGGCCCCCUGGUCUGCAACGGGGUGGCUGAGGGGGUGGUCACGGCCGGCUCCCGCGUUUGUGGCAACUACAAGAAGCCUGCGAUCUACACCCGCAUCGCCCCCUACGCCGACUGGAUCGACAGCGUCAUGGCCUCUGCCGCUGGGGGGGAGGGGGACACUCGCUGAGCAACCCCCCCCGGGGACCCGGCUCCACGCCACAGCUUGCUGCUGCCGCUGCCGGCACAGCCAUAGCGCCCACGCUGCACGGCCGAGCACCUUGGAGCUCCCACUGCUGCCCCGACCUGCUCCCCGAGCAUCCCCUCGCACCAGGAGGGUGGCUGGACCGGGGGACUGGCAAAAGAAACCCUAAACACAACAGGGGAAAGGGAGCCCCUGCCCCCCCUGCUCACAAAGCAGAGGGCCCAGCUGGGGGAGGAUGGGAGGGAGGGGGCCACGGCUCCCCGCGCUGGUGUGCGCCACAGGCUUUGCUGAUCGUGCUCCUAACGCUGCCUGUGCCCUGCUGCAAUAAAGCGAUGCUGAUUC